GCGUCAGGCACAUCAUGAACCGCGAAUAAUUUUCAAGAUGGAGUCACACAUACAUAUGAGCGUUUUUAAAAAAAACAACAUACCUCAGUUGACAAGGUGCACGGUGUGCUGUACCAAGUACCAUUGCCCCCUUUGCCCCCCUUCAAUGUACAAAGCCCGGAGUAGAGCAAAGGUUCUACAGCACAUGGAGGUGCAUGUAAACAAUGCCAUUCGACAUGAAGAUUUCUUCAUAACAAAAUGCCACCAGGCUUGCAGGAGUGGAAGCAGUGGCCACUUCCACUGCCCUUUCUGCUGCAAGACCACAAUAAAAAGGCAGGAUACCAUGAGGCAUUUGCAGAUCUGUAGGCCACCUCUCCUCCACGCCCGGUUAGACGCUGAUGCCGACGUCAGACAGAAGGACAUCACUUCCCAGACAGAGGAGUGCAAAGCAGAACCCUCGAACCCCCCUCAUCUCAGCAAUGACAAACUGCCUGAAACGGUACAUGAUUGUGAAAUGCAAGGACCAGACCAUCCAGCGGAGGGACCCCAAGACCCAUCGUCAGACUCCGUCUUGCUAUCCAGUCCUCGCUUGGACAACCCUCCCUGCAGAGUGCCCCGUGCAAAACAUCCAAAUAUACUUUGUCCUCACUGCGAUGUGCAGUUACUUAGAAAAAACUUUAAGAAACACCUUUACAGAAAACACCCGGAUAAAUCUGUGGGAGACAUGGCUGCUGAUGUCAACGAGAGGAGUGAGAAAUAUGCUGUGAAAAAUUCAUUUCUCGGACCACUUUUGUCACUUGAUCUCCAAAAAGAAACCUGGGGGAAAGAACCCCAAAUCAAAUGCGAGUCCAGUGAGUGCCAAGUGUCCGAGUUGGGUAUUGCUGCAGCCUGGAGCCUCUCGUCUCAUGUCUGCGCGUAUCCACCGGUACACAUCAGUGUAAUUAAAAAAAACAACAUACCUCGGUCGACACGGUGCACUGUGUGCUGUACCAAGUACCAUUGCCCCCUUUGCCCCCCUUCAAUGUACAAAGCCCGGAAUAGGGCAAAGGUUCUACAGCACAUGGAGGUGCAUAUAAAAAAUGCCAUUCGACAUCAAGAUUUCUUCAUAACAAAAUGCCACCAUGCCUGCAGGAGUGGAAGCAGUGGCCACUUCCACUGCCCUUUCUGCUGCAAGACCACAAUAAAAAGGCAGGAUACCAUGAGGCAUUUGCAGAUCUGUAGGCCACCUCUCCUCGACGCCCAGUUAGACGCUGAUGCCGACGUCAGACAGAAGGACAUCACUUCCCAGACAGAGGAGUGCAAAGCAGAACCCUCGAACCCCCCUCAUCUCAGCAAUGACAAACUGCCUGAAACGGUACUCGAUAGUGAAAUGCCAGGACCAGAAGAUACAGCAGAGAGACCCCAAGACCCAUCACCGGAACCCGUCUUGCUAUUCAAUUCCCGUGUAAAGCCUCCAACUAUACUUUGUCCUCACUGCAAUGUGCAGUUACAGAGAAAAAAUUUAAAGAAGCACCUUUACAGAAAACACUCUGAAAACGCUGUGGGAGACGUCGCCGCGAAUUCCCCUGCUGAUGCUGUUGAGAGGAAUGAGAAAGAUGCUGUGAAAGAGUCAAUUCUCGGACCACUUUUGCAACUUGAUCUCCAAAAAGAAACCUGGGGGAAAGGACCCCAAAGCAAGUGCGAGUCCAGUGAGUGCCAAGUGUCUGAGGCGGGUAUGGCUGCAGCCUGGAGCCUCCCGUCUCAUGACUGCACGUACCCAACGGUACAAGAUUGUGAAAUGCAAGGACCAGGAGAUCCAGCAGAGGGACCCGAAGACCCGUCGCCAGAAUCCGUCUCGCUAUCCAGUCCUCUCUUGGAGAACCCUCCCUGCAGAGUGCCCCGUGCCAAGCCUCCAAAUAUACUUUGUCCUCACUGCAAUGUGCAGUUACUAAGAAAAAAUUUAAAGAUGCACAUUUACAGAAAACACCCGGAUAAAGCUGUGGAAGACAUUGCUGCAAAUUCCGAUCUGAAUGCCGAAUGCAUAGAUGAGAGGAAUGGGAAGACCAAAAGAAAACCUGGGGCAAAGAGGACCAAAUCAAGUGGGAGUCCUGGGAGUGCCAACAGGCCUGGGAGGAAAAGGAAAGCUAGUAAACUGGAUUAAUGGAAGGAAGUGGAAAUGAGACUUAACAAUCCAAACCACAAUCUUUUUCUAUACUUAGCCAAGUUUACUUUUCAUUAUAAUUCUUUUGUUAUCGACGAGACCCCAUACCACCAUGAAACCAUCCCACAGAGGAGGUUCACCGAUUGAGGUCUCUGUUGCUAGCCGGCAGCAGAUGACCAUCCUGAGCUUGACAGAGGACGUGAAAGCCCCGCGCCACAAAACGUUGAGAAGGACAAGUGGAUUAUCUUGCUGGGAAAGCGGGUGGUUGAUCUUUGGAGACGAAACCCACGCUCGACAUCGCUGAACCGAGGGGAGACAAGCCAGCAGGACCCUGCAUCGGCGGAGCAAC